GUCCAAUUUUGUGAACCAAUAAAAACAGAAACGCAGCCAAACAAAACGAAACUGUUCAUAAGGACACUGGUGAUUGGCUGAUAACCCUCUUACACUUCAAAUGUUCAACCCUAACCCUAGUUUUCCAUUGGCUUAAACCAAUCAGAUGAGAGCUGAUAUCUGCAUCACCAGAGUCAGUUAUUCACACUCACUCGCUGAGAUGAAGACAUCAAGAGUUUCCGCACUUAUAUAUGUUUUAUUGUUCAGUCAGACAAUUAUCUAUGGAGAUGUCAUCGAGAUGAAGGUCAGACCAGGAGACAACAUCACUCUUCACUGCGACCGUCCUGUAAAUCGUUACAUUGCAUGGAUAAGAAACUGCUCUCAUGAACAUCAACCCUCUCUCAUAAUAGAUUAUAACAUGAUUUACAGAGAUACGCUCCAACACUUUAGCUUUCUUAAAAACCCCAACAUUAAUUCUUUUGAUCUACAUAUUACUAACAUUACAGUCUCUGAUCUGGGACUGUACUACUGUGCUGAACAUGAGAAAAAGGUCAAUAAAGAUGAUAAAGGCAUUAUAUACUCAUCUGAUGUGUACCAUUAUGGAAACAAAAAAACGCAACUUUCUCUUGCUGUGUCUUCUGGACCCUUCACCACCGUCUCUCUUCCUCCUCCUGUAUCAGACUGUUUCCUCUGCUGGACGCUACUGGUCAGUGUUUGUGUUGUGUGUUUUCUCCUCUGCUUCAUCUGUUUCUACUGCCUCUGUCAAAAGAAACCUACAGAUGGUGGAACUGAUCACAAAGAAAAGAUAAAAAGUAGAAACACCUCUGAGAGUAAUGAUGAUGAAGAGGUGUGUUAUGCUUCCUUGGAGGUGAAAACCAGAAGACAGAAACGACCCAAGAAGAAACAACAGCAGAGUUCAGACUUCAGUAUUUAUGCUCCGGUCAGAACAGACACAAUACAAAACUUCUGAUGAGGAUUCUGAUGAACUUUCUGAUGGUUAGAAAAUAUCCAGGUGCCGUUAUCAUUUAAACCUUUUGACAUUAUUUUACGUCUACACUUGAAAAAAAAACAUUGAAAUUUAAAGGAUGUCCAACUGAAACGUCACCUAUUUGGUCCACUGUGUCUCUACAUAAUUCUGCUCCAAUAUUUUACUUUUUUGGCUCUCUUUGAUGUUCAUUGGCUUUCACUGAAUGUUAAGCAUGGUGGGCCGUGGCUUCCGGCCCUCUCUCAAUACAGAGAUAAAAUAUGGUCAAGAAUGAAAAUACAAUUAUUAGAAAUAGAUAAUGUUGUUUUGUAUGUGUCUCAGGCCUUUUGUUAAACCACAGUGAUGGCCUGAAAAUAACAGGAUGUUUGGGUUUCCUGUGUGCAGUGGUUUAUAGCUAUGUAAUUAUAGUAUAUUUCUCUUAAUUAAAGGACUGAACGUUUUUUCUGGGCGUGCUAAGCAUAGCUCAGGUAUAUGUUAGAUUAAUGUUACGGACCAAAUAACAAAAACAAUUGAUAAAACUCAUGCAU